GGGGCCCGGCGGCGGGGAGGCGGCCGAGGCGCGGGGACGGCGCCGGGAGGCGGGAGCAGUCCCGCUGCAGCUGCGACCGCGGAAGGAGGCGGUCUGGGCUCGGCUCCGCGGGCCCCCAGGCGCGGCCAGCGACGGGUCCCUACCUACGCAGACUUCGCGUCAACGAAUAAGCUGAGUACGCUCACCUAGAAGAGAAGCAGAGACAAAGUCAUCAUGGCUUCAGUGUCUACUCAUGGAAAUCAAGAUAAAGGCCCCCAUUUGCCACCACCAAGCAAGCAGGAGGCAACUGGGUCUCAAGGACACCAGGCAGGCAAAGGGAGUGAGGAGCAUUGCAGGCAGGAUGAGCUGCAUGGACGGAAGCUGGGGAGUCUAUUAUUUUGUCCAAAAUCAAAACUGCACAUCCACAGAGGAGAGAUUUCAAAGAUUAUCCGAGAGUGUCAAGAAGAAAGCUUCUGGAAGAGAGCUCUGCCUUUUUCUCUUGUGAGCAUGCUCGCCACCCAAGGACUAGUCCACCACGGUUAUUUAGCAUCUAAUCCAAGAUUUGGAUCAUUGCCCAAAGUUGCACUUGCGGGUAUCUUGGGAUUUGCCCUUGGAAAGGCAUCAUACAUACGAGUGUGCCAGAGUAAAUUCCAUUCCGUCGAAGAUCAGCUCCGUGGGGCUGGUUUUGGUCCAGGGCAUAACAGGCACUGCCUUCUUACCUGUGAGGAGUGCAAAAUCAAGCACGGAUUACACGAGAAGGGAAGCUCUCAGCCUUCAGCUUCUUAAACUUGUCUCUAUGGCUUUGGAAGUUCCUUAAACCUCUCUCUGAAUUUGUACACAUGUAGAAUUUCAAGUGUACUUUAAAAUAACAUAUGUAUAGUGGAACAGAAACAUUGUGCUUCUCUCUUUUUGACAUGCUUUCUGGGGAAGAUCCUCAAUUGAAGUGAGCAGUAUAUGUUUGUCUGCGAUUUGAGAACUUGUCGGGGGCAUUCACACACCAAAAAAGAAAUUACAUUGCAUUCCUUAACUUGCUUACAGCUGAGUAAAAGCGCUUCAAGUCUUCGCUGA